GGAGCGCUCAGAAGACUGAGGAGCAUAGCAGUGAAUCUCUAGUGUUAUCACAAUGGCUGUGCUUUGGGUGUUGUCUUUGAGGAUGUUGUGGAUUUCAUGCCUGUUGAUCAGCAGUGUAACUUGUCUCCCUGCACGGAAAGACUACGGCAGUCCUUACCCCGGUGGCUUUGGCAGUCCUUACCCCGGUGGCUUUGGCAGUCCUUAUUCUGGUGGCUUUGGCAGUCCUUACCCCGGUGGCUUUGGCAGUCCUUAUUCUGGUGGCUUUGGCAGUCCUUACCCCGGUGGCUUUGGCAGUCCUGCAGCCGCUGGCGUCUCCGGAAGUCCUGCAGCCGCUGGUGGUUUCGGCAGUCCUGCAGCCGCUGGAGGCUCCGGCAGUCCUGCAGCCACUGGAGGCUCCGGCAGUCCUGCUCCCGUGGGUCCGAUGCACUGGUCUUCUGCCUCAAGCUUCCCAAGAGAGUUCCACACUGCAUUGGGAGCCAAUGUCGACCUAGAACACACUGGGAAUGAUGCUAGUGGAGUUAUUUCUGGGUCUGGUAACGCAGGUGGAGGCUCGAUUGGCACUGGAUUGUCUUCCAACUCCGGGUCCACAGGUGGUGAGGAUGGCUUUGUUGAGGAUGAACGCCCUCAGCCUGUGUUCAGUAACAUGUCAAACAUGGAACCAGUCUACACAUUGAGAUCUCGCUCGGGCUACCGGAAUGGAAGACGCCAUUUCUCCAAAACCCGCUACACUCCUGGAGAGAUGGUGUUUCCUCCUAGGCCGGUUGUCGAGCGCAUCCCUAACAAACCCGUCAACGCUUCACCCAAAGGCGGCCAGUGAGCAUCUUGAAAGAUUUACCCUGACUGGACACAUCCUGAAAGAACAAUAAAGUUGUGCUUCUCAGCUGGUCUUC